CGUCGUGUAGCAGCCUUGGCGCCGAAGUGGAGUGGGCCUGUGAAGAUUAUAAAGCAAAUUGGACUAGUUAAUUACGUCGUCGAGGAUCCUUUUAUGCCGUACCAAGAAAUAAAGUGCCACAUCAAUCAGCUGAGGAAGUACGUACCCCGAGAUGAAUCCCGCUUUGCUGAACCGCCGCCGAGACCCGAGGGAAGUUGAUGAUCCCGAUCAGACGGCCGAUGAUCGAGAUGACCACCUUCGUUUCGAGGAUGAAGAGGACGAUUUAGCAGACCCAGGAAUCCCGGGACCGAGUCGGAGAAAUGGACCAGACGAGGAGUCGUCGAAGUCCUGGAAAUGCUUUGCCGCCGUACCUGCCUUUUACCCCAGACCAUCGCCUCCAGCCAUAAUAGUGACCUUAGCACGUCAACCAGGGAUUGCCGCGCUUGUAGGGGGAGGAGUUUGUAGUGAACAGCUUCGCGAAAUCUCUCGUCGUUCACUCCAGGAGGCAGAAAAACCAUGUCAGAUAUCUCUUCUCACCUCCACCUCUCCCACAGGCCUGGAAUAG